AAAGGGGGGCGAGGGGCUCUCAAGGCAUUAAAGCGUAUCUCUUUUUUAGAUCAAAGCGCACCCAUCAUCGUCGUUGCAAGUUCAACCGGAAAUUGGUUUAGGGUUCAAUAUAAAGGGUGAGAAGACAUGACGACGGCUGCCAGACCGACGUGGGCACCUGCUAAAGGUGGUAAUGAACAAGGUGGGGCUCGUAUUUUUGGCCCGUCUCAGAAGUAUUCCUCGAGGGAUAUCGCUGCUCAUACAACCCUGAAGCCCAGAAAGGAGGGUCAAGAUACCCAGGAUGAAGUACAAAGGAGGGACCUCAAGGAGGAGUUGGAAGAGCGUGAGCGGAGGCACUUUUCAUCCAAAGACAAGGGCUAUGGUGAGGACAGAGACCGUAGAAAGGGAGGACAUCAUCUAUUGGAAGGGUUGGGGAGGGACCUCGAAGACCGCAUUGUUCCACGCAGUGCAGAUGCUGAUGAUGCUGAUGUGGAUAUCAACAGUGAUGAAGAAAGUGAUGAUGAUGAUGAUGAUGAGGAUGACACUGAAGCACUUCUAGCAGAGCUUGAACAAAUAAAGAAGGAAAGAGCAGAAGAGAAACUGCGCAAAGAACGUGAAGAACAAGAAGAGGAGCUUAAACUUAAAGAAGCGGAAUUGAUAAGAGGGAACCCGUUGCUUAAUAAUGCAACAACGUCCUUCAAUGUUAAACGAAGGUGGGAUGAUGAUGUCGUUUUCAAGAACCAGGCUCGUGGAGAAAACAAACCUCAAAAGCGCUUUAUCAAUGACACUAUUCGUAGUGACUUCCAUCGGAAAUUUCUUCAAAAAUACAUGAAGUAACUCCACUUUGUUUGUCUACAAAGUGCCAAUGGGAAGCAGAAUCCAAAACACUGUUUCUAUAAAUGUUUUUCUUGCUUUCUUUAGAACAUCUUGUUUCUGUACAAAUUCUUAAGUUGGGUGUCAUUGUAUUAAUGCUAUGUUAUGUGCUUUUAAGUUACCAAUUUGUGUAAUGAUGGUAGCCUCAUCUGGGAUGAUCUAUUAUCAUAUGACUUUCCAAUUAAAUGACUAAUGUGAAUGAAA